GACUUGUCUCUCCAGAAUGACUAUGCUCCAUUUCUAGGUCUCAAAUCACAACCAUGAAUUUGAUCUUAUGGUACUUGGUUGUGGCUCUUUGGUGCUUCUGCAAAGAUGUGGAAGCCCUACUUUACCAACAAAAAUCAGAUGGUAAAAUAGCAGCAAGCAGAUCAGGUAGCUUCUCUUAUGGUAGUUCAUCCCCUGGUGACUUGGACAGAAAAAAGCCACUCUUUAGCUUGGAAUUUGGUUCUCCAGGAGAAGCUGAAGACAAGUCCAGACAACGUCAGGAUGCUGGGAGUUCAAGGUCAGAAGACACCCCAGCAGGUGGCUUUUUUUACAGUAGUUCAUCCUCUGGUGACUCAGACAGGAAAAAGCCACUCUUUAGCUUAGGACUUGGUGCUCCAGGAAAGGCUGAAGACAAGUUCAGAGACCGUCAGGAUGCCGGAAGUUCAAAGUCAGAAGACAUCCCACCAGGUGGCUUUUUUUAUGGUAGUUCAUCCUCUCGUGACUCAGACAGAAAAGAGUCACUCUUUAGCUUUGAAUUUGGUGCUACAGGAGAGGCUGAAGACAAGUCCAGAGAACGCCGGGAUGCUGGGAAUUCAAGGUCAGAAGACAGCCCAGCAGAUAGCACCAACACACGAUAUGGUGCUGGCGUUAGUAGCAGUGGUGCCUCUCUGAAUAUGGGAUUUGGUUGGGGAACGUCUGAUGAAAAGGGAUUGGAAGUUGGUAGAGCUGAUGGGAGUGAAACUAGAGGCAGUGGAUCUGCUAGGGGUGAAACCAUAGUCUUUGGAUCUGAUGCAGGUAGCUCAGUUGGAACUGGUUAUUCUGGUUUGAAACUUGGAGCAGGGAAAGGUUAUGCUGCAUUUGGUUUUGAAGUUUCUGAUUCGAAUUCAUUUGGUGACAGUGGCAUUAGUAGCAAAACAGUUGAAGGAAAUCAAAUGAGUAGUUCUGGAGGAUCUGUUUCCAUUGAUCUAGGUGAUACCAGUUUAAGAAGUGAGAAUCAAUUUGUUGGUGGUGGCUCUCAAAAUUCGAUAUCCAAUUUAUGGGAUUCUGGUCAAGAGGGAUUUGGAAUCAAUGAAAUUGGAGGGAAUGGAAUGAGUGGCAGUGUAUCUGCUGAGGCUGGAUUCAAAGGUUUUGGAUCUGACGGCAGUAGCUCAGGUGACUCAAGUGUAAGAAAUGGGUUUGAAAAUUCUAGUGAUAUCUCUGAAGAUUCAGGAGUCAUAUUGGGGUCAUCUGAUCAACAUGAAUUUGAAGUCAGUAGAACUGGUGGGAAUAGAAAGAGAAGCAGUGAACCUGCUGAGGCUGGAAACUUGAGUCCUGGAUCUGAUGUCCGUGACUCAGGAGGAAACACUUGGUCUUCUGGUUCUGGAAGUGGUGGAGGAAGUGUCACAAACUCGUCUGAAUACAGUACAUCUGGACCACUCAAUACUCCAGAAAAAGGAUCCCACAUUCCAGAAGCAACUCCAAAAUACUCAGAAACAAAUGCAAUUAUUGGUGAAGCAUCUACCUGGAGCAAAGGAGCAUAUAAAUCUUUCAAUGGCCGCAUCUUUUUGUUCGAAUCUUCAUGCCCGUACACUUUCUGCCGUCACUGCGUUGAAUCUGGAGGGGAUUUCAAUAUUGAAAUCAAACGAAACAAUGAUAGUGAGACUGAAAAAAUAACAGUUCUAAUUGACAAUAACGACAUCUCUAUUUUUGGUGACACCAUUUUAGUUAAUGGAGAAAGCAUACAGAUACCAUAUAACAAUAAGUUGAUUCACAUUAAAAAAUAUGGAGAAUAUAAUGUUCUGAAGAGCCGUAGAGGAAUCCUGACUUUAAUGUGGGACAAAAAUAACAAGCUCUCACUCACUCUUCACAAGCAGUAUCCAACUUGUGGUCUUUGUGGUAACUUCAACAGCACUCCAGGGGAAGAUAUUAAUGAGCAUAUUGCCAAUAGUAAAAUUCCUGGUGAUUGUCCCAAUGCUGUGGGUAAAAGCUAUGAAGUUUGUGAAGAUGGAAUACAGCACUGUAACAAAAUUAUUGGAACCUACUUUGAGAAAUGUGGAAAGGUUGCCGCUCUAUCCAGUGACUACAAAAUGAUCUGCAUUGAUGAAUACUGCCAAACUAGAGACAAAACAUCUACAUGUGACACUUACUCAGAACUGUCCCGCCUCUGUGCCUCAGAUGGUCCUGGCACCUUUGAAUCCUGGCGAAGCGAUUCCGAUGUGGUUUGUGAAACACAGAGAUGUCCAGAAGAACAACAUAUCUACAAAGAAUGUGGACCCUCCAACCCUGCAACUUGUUCUAAUGUGGCUCCUUUUCAAGACAGUGACUGUGUGAGUGGCUGCACCUGCCCAGAAGGUUAUCUGUUGGAUGAUAUUGGAGAGAAAGGAAAAUGUGUAUUAAAAGCUGAAUGUCCCUGUGAAUCCAGUGGAAACGUGUAUCAGCCAGGAGAAGUCCGAGAAGGUCCUUGUGGUUCUCAGUGCACAUGCCAAGAUGCAAAAUGGUCUUGCACUGAAGCAUUAUGCCCUGGAAGAUGUAAGGUGGAAGGAAGUUCCCUUACUACCUUUGAUGGUGUUAAGUACAACUUUCCUGGAAACUGCCACUUCCUGGCCAUUCACAAUGAAGAUUGGUCUAUUAGUGUUGAGCUCCGUCCGUGCCCAAGUGGUCAGACAGGAACGUGCUUAAAUAGCGUUACACUUCUUUUGAAUUCUUCUGUUCCAGUUGACAAAUACAUAUUCAGCAGUGAUGGAAGAGUCACAAAUGACAAGAUUAGAAAUCAAGGUUAUUACUAUUCAGAUAAAAUACAGAUUUUCAAGGCAUCUUCCUCAUAUCUUCAAGUAGAAACAUACUUUCAUGUAAAACUACAAAUACAAAUUGUUCCUGUGAUGCAAUUAUAUGUUUCUAUGCCACCCAACCAAUUCACAGACACUGUGGGACUCUGCGGUUCCUACAACAACAAAGCAGAGGAUGAUUUCAUGUCAAGUCAGAAUAUAUUGGAGAAGACAUCUCAAGCAUUUGCUAAUUCUUGGGAAAUGAUGUCCUGUCCUAAAGGAAACCCCUCUUCAUGUAUUAGUAUAGAAAAAGAAAAGUUUGCUGAAAGACACUGUGGAAUUCUUCUUGAUUCAAGUGGGCCUUUUGCUUCCUGCCACCCAAUUGUGAACCCUAAACACUAUCAUGAGGAAUGCAAAAAAUAUACUUGCUCUUGUGAAAACAGUCAAGACUGCCUAUGUACAAUUUUAGGCAACUAUGUGAAAGCGUGUGCUGAGAAGGAAACAUACAUAGUAGAAUGGAGAACUGGCCUAUGUGAACAUUCUUGUCCAAGUGGACUAGUUUUCAAGUACAAUGUAAAAGCCUGUAAUAGUUCCUGCCGAUCAUUGUCAGAGAGAGAUAGGAGCUGUGAUGUAGAAGAUGUUCCAGUUGAUGGAUGCACCUGCCCUGAUGAAAUGUACCAGAAUAAUGAAGGAAACUGUGUACUGAAAUCUCAGUGUGACUGCUACAUAAAUGACGAGGUCAUGCAACCAGGCAGACUCAUCCAUAUUGAUGACAAUAAAUGUGUCUGUCGGGAUGGAAUUCUUCUUUGCCAGAUUCCCAUUGAUUUAACCCUACAAAAUUGUUCUGGAGGGGCUGAGUAUGUAGACUGCAGGGAUCCCAAGGCACAGAGAAGAACCGACAGAACAUGCAGUACUCGGAACAUACCUGUUUUUGAUGAGAACUUGCCUUGCAAACGUGGGUGCUUUUGUCCAGAAGGAAUGGUUCGAAAUUCUAAAGGGAUGUGCAUCCUUCCUGAUGACUGUCCGUGCUCUUUUGGUGGACGAGAAUAUGAUGAAGGAAGUGUCACUUCUGUUGGCUGCAAUGAAUGUACCUGCAUUAAAGGGUCUUGGAGUUGUACCCAAAAUGAAUGUCAAACCAUCUGCCACAUCUAUGGGGAAGGUCAUGUUAGAACUUUUGAUGGGAAAAGUUACAGUUUUGAUGGUCUCUGCCAGUAUUCAUUUCUUGAGGAUUAUUGUGGUCAUGAAAAUGGCACAUUUCGUAUUUUAACGGAGAGUGUUCCAUGCUGUGAAGAUGGACUAACAUGCUCAAGAAAAAUUAUAGUUUCUUUUCAGGAUCAGAAUGUUGUCUUGCAAGAUGGUAAAGUAACAGCAGUCAAAUCUACAGAAAGUAAGAAAUGUGAACUCAAUACAAAUGCAUACUCCAUACAUACUGUUGGCCUGUACUUAAUUCUGAAAUUUCAAAAUGGAAUAAUCAUGAUUUGGGACAAAAAUACAAGACUGUCUGUUAUUCUGGAUCCAAACUGGAAUGGCAAGGUGUGUGGUCUUUGUGGAAAUAACAAUGGUGAUCUCAAGGAUGAUUUCACAACAAGAUACUCUUCAGUAGCUUCUGGAGCACUGGAAUUUGGGAAUAGUUGGAAAACAAGCCAAGAGUGUUCAGAUACAGUGGCUCAGACUUUCCCAUGUGAUUCAAACCCAUACUGUAAAGCCUGGGCUGUGCGAAAAUGUGAGAUCCUCAGAGACAGCACGUUCAGAGACUGCCACAGCAAGGUUGACCCCAGUGCUUACUAUGAUGCAUGCAUUGAAGAAGCCUGCGCCUGUGACAUGGAGGGGAAGUACCUGGGAUUCUGCACUGCCGUGGCUAUGUAUGCAGAGGCGUGUAGUGCAGUUGGAGUUUGUGUCUCAUGGAGAAAACCAAAUCUGUGUCCUGUCUACUGUGAUUAUUACAAUGCACCUGGGGAAUGCAGAUGGCAUUAUGAACCUUGUGGCACAGUGACUGCAAAAACAUGCAAAGAUCAGGUCAUUGGCCAGAAAUUUUCUUCACUUUUAGAAGGUUGUUAUGCUAAGUGCCCAGAUAGUGCUCCUUACCUGGAUGAGAACACCAUGAAAUGUGUCAGUUUAUCUGAGUGCAGCUGCUUCUAUAAUGAUAUCAUACCAGCAGGGGAAGUGAUUGAAGAUAAUUGUGGAAGAACAUGCUACUGUAUUGCAGGGCAGUUGGAAUGCAGUGAAACUGCUCCUACCAAUUCAACAUUUGCAGUUUCCACUACAACAGCUACUGCCAUAUUAAGCACUGGAGCAGCAAUUACACUGGUUACCAGUAGCCCAGGCAUAGCAGCAUCCAUUCUAGCGAUUACAACAUCAAGCAGUGAAACAACAGGCACUACUCUAGGUCCUCUCACCGAGCCUUUUACUACAGGCAUUACUGAAACUUCAGUUCCCAUCAUCUCAACAUCUGGAAAUGCAGGCACGACAGGAGUAGUGAGCCCCACCAUCACUGAUGCUGCAGGCGUGGCAGGGACAACUGGAGUGUUACCAGGUAUAACCACAGGAGCUGAACAUGGAAAUUUAAGUGACUUCAGAACAGGAAGCACAGGAGUUUCUGCAGGCUCCACCACUGCCAGCCCUGAAGCCUCAGUCACAACCUCUGAAAGCAGCAAAUCAGGAACUACUGGACCCUCAGUAGGUGGAAAAACUAGAGCCACAAGCAGUGAAGCGACAUCAUCUGAAGGCGUGUCAGGUGGAACAGGACAGUCUCUCGGAUCUACCGCUGGAUCUGACAGUGAAAUCACAGUGAGAACAUCUUUCACUGGUUCCAGCUUACCUGGGAAACUCACCAAGCCAAGCCCAGGCUCACCUGGUCACUUUAGUGGUGGAACAACUGAAGGGGGAAAUGUAGCCACCACUGGAGCUGCUGGUGAAAACACUUCUGGAGCAUCGGGUUCAACAGAAAGGUCCGUGGAAGCCACCACCAGAGCAGGCAGUGGAAACACAGCUGGAACAUCAGGUACUAGGGCCACUGGUCCUGGAAACACAGCAGUCUCAGGCACACCUGUGGUAUCACCUGGAGCAACUCCUGGAGCUCCAGGUACCAGCACCCCUGGGGAAGCAGGCAUUGGGGCCACCAGUUUUGGAAAAUCAGGGACCCUGACAGUAUCUGCUGCUUCAACUACCAGUAGCCCUGUGAGUAAACACAUCGAUGCAGCCUCAGCCACAGCAGUGACAAUCUCUGGAAGCAAACCAGGUACACCUGGAACACCGGGUGGUACAACUAGUGGAGGUGAAAUUAUAUCCGGGCGGUCCAGCAGUGGUACCACCACAGGCUCUUCAAAUAUACCAGGGGCAACUGGAUCAUCAACUGGGGAGACAGAGACAACUAGACCAUCAGCUAAAGUAACAGGGAAUUAUGGACAAUCAUCUGAAAUACCAGGGACAACUAAAUCAUCAUCUGAUGUUUCAGGGACAUUGGAGCCAUCAGAUAUAACAUCUGGACCAUCAGUUGCAGUGACAAGGACUUCUGAACAAUCGUCAGGAGUCACAGAGACAUCUGAACUAUCACUUGGAGUAUCAGGGACAACUGGGCCAUUAGCUGAAAUAUCAGGGACAACCAGACCAUUAGUUUCAGGAUUAAGGACAACUGUAUCAUUAGCUGGAGGAUCAGGGACAACUGGACCUUCAUCAAGAGAAUCAGUGACAACUAGACCAUUAGCUGAAGGUUCAGGGACAAGUGGACAAUCGGUUACAGGAUCAAGAACACCUGGAUCAUCAGCUACAGAACUAGGUACAACUGUGUCUUUUACUGGAGGAUUAGGUACAAGUAGAUCAUCUGCUAGAGAAAUAGGGACAACUAGACCAUCAACUGAUGGGUCAGGAGCAACUGGACCAUCUGUUGUGAGAUCAGAGACAACUAGAUUAUCAGCUGGAGUGACAAGAGCAACUGAAACAUCACCUGGAGUGACAGGAACAAGUACACGAUCAGUUGAAGACUCCAGAACAACUGGACCAUCUGUUCUAGUGACAGGAACAACUGGACAAUCAGGCCAAGGAUCAGGGACAACUGGAAAAUCUAUUAUAGAAUCAGGACCAUCUCUUGUAGGAUCAGGGACAAAUGGACCAACAUCUGCAGGAUUAGGAACAACUGCACCAUCAGCCAGAAGAUCAGGUACCACAAGACCAUCAGUUGGAGGAACUGGGACAACUGGACAAUCAGGUGCAGAAUCAGGAACAACUGAACCAUCAGCUAGAGUGACAGAUGUAACUGGAACAUCAGCUGAAGUAUCAGGAAGAAUUGAACCAUCAGCUACAGGAUCAGGUACAAGUAGACCACUAGGUGAAACAGCAGGUACAACUGUACCAUCAGUGGAAGGAUCAGAGGCAACUGGACCAUCUGUCAUUAGAUCAGAAACAACUAGACUAUCAGUUAUAGGAUCAGGGACAACUGGAACUUCAACUGGAGGUUCAGGUGCAACAAGAUCAUCGGGUGGAGUAAUGGGGACAACUGGACAAUCAACUGCAAGAUCAGAAACAACUGGACCACUUUUUGGAUUGACAGGAACAUUUGGACAAUCCUCUACAGUGACUGGGACAUCUUCAAAUUCAGCUGGAGCAACAACAUCUGAAAAAUCACCUGGAGUGGCAAUGACAACAGGACUAUUGGUUGAAGGGUCAGCUACAACUCGACCACCUCUUUUAGAAUCAGAGACCACUGAAUCAUCAGCUGGAGUGACAAUGACAUCUGGACAAUCAGCCAGAGUGACUGGGGCAACUGAACCAUCAGCUGGAGAGACAGGAACAACUGGACCAUCAACUGAAGGAUCAAUUGCAACUGUACCAUUUAUUAUUGGAUCAGAAACAACUAGACCAUUAUAUAUAGGAUCAGGGACAACUGGAACUUUAUCUGGAGGUUCAAGUACAACAAGAACAUCAGAUGGAGCAACAGGGACAACCAGAAAAUCAACUGCAAGAUCAGAAACAACUGGACCCCUUUCUGGAUUGACAGGAACAUAUGGGCAAUUGGCUGGAGUGACUGGGACAUCUUCAAAAUCAGCUGGAGUAACAGUGACAUCUGAAAAAUCAGCUGGAGUUGCAGUGACAACAGGAUCAUUUGUUGAAGGAUCAGUCACAACUGGACCACCUCUUUUAGAAUCAGAGACAACUAGACCAUCAGGUAGAGUGACAGUGACAUCUGGACAAUCAGCCAGAGUGACUGAAACAGUUGGAGCAUCAGCUGGAGUGAUAGGAACAACUGGACCAUCAACUGAAGGAUCAGGGGCAACUGGACCAUCCGUUGUGGGAUCAGGAACAGCUAGAUCAUUAGCUGGUGAAUUAGGUACAACUGAAUCAUCAGCUGGAGUGACAGGGAUAAGGCCAUCAUCAGGAGGAUCAGGGACAACUGAGUCAUCAUCAAGAGAAUCAGCAACAACUGGACCAUCAGAUGAAGGAUCAGGAACAACUGGACUAUCACCUGAAGUGACAGUGACAUCUGGACAAUCAGCUAGAAAGACUGGGACAACUGGAACACCAGCUGGAGUUACAGAAACAACAAGACCAUCUGUUGUCAAAUCAGGGACAACUGGACCAUCUGUUACAGGAACAAGGAGAACUGUAACUUCAUCUGGAGAAUCAGGUACAACAAGAUCAUCAGGUGGAGAAACAGAGACAACUGGCCAAUCAGCUGUAAAAUCAGGGACAGCAGAAUCAUUUACUGGGUUGACAAGAACAUCUGGGCAAUCAGCUGGAAUGACUGGGACAUCUGCACAAUCAGCUGGAGUGUCACUAACAGGUCAUUUUGUUGAAGGAUUAGUGACAACUGGAUCAUCUACUGUAAGAUUAGAGACAACUAGACCUUCAGCUGUAGGAUCAGGAACAACUGGACCUCCUGUUGUAAAAGCACAGACAGUUGGACCAUCAGCUGGAGUAACAGUGACAUCUGGACAAUCAGCUAGAAUGACUGGGGCAACUGGACCAUCAGUAGGAGUGACAGGAACAGCUGGACAAACAAGUAAAGGAUUAGGGACAAUUAGACCAUCUGUUGUAGGAUUAGAGACUACUGAACCAUUACGGGAAGGAUCAGGGACAACUGGACCACCUAUUGUAGGAGAGACAACUGUACCAUCAGCUAGAGUGACAGUUACAUCUGGAUACUCAGAUAGAGUGACUGGGGCAACUGAACCAUUGGCUGGAGUAACAGGAACCACUAAACAAUCUGUUGUAGGAUCAGUGACAACUGGACCAUCAGUUACAGGAGUAGAGACAACUGUAAAAACUUCAUCUGGAGGAUUAAGUACAACCACAUCAUCAGUGGGAGGAACAGGGACCACUGGACAAUCACCUGAAAGAUCAGGGGCAACAGGACCAUUUACUGGAUUGACAAGGACAUCUGCACAAUCACCUGGGGUAACAAUGACAUCUGUCCAAUCAGCUGGAGUGCUAGUAACAACAGAACUAAAUGUUGAUGGCUCAGGGACAACUGGAAAAUCUCUUAUAGGAUCAGGAACAACUGGAUUAUCAGCUGAAGCUAUAGGGACAACUGGACCAUCAACUGAAGGAUUAGAGAAAACUGGACCAUCUAUUACUGGAUCAGGAACAACCAUACCAUUAGUUACAGAAUCAUGGACAACUAGAACUUCAUCUGGAGGACAGGGUACAACGAGUCCAUUAGUUAGAGGAAUAGAGACAACUGGACAAUCAGUUUCAGGAUCAGUGACAAUAGGGCCAGUUACAGGAUUGACAGAAAACUCUGGUCCAUCAGCUGGAAUGACAGUGACACCUAGACAAUCACCUACAGUGACUCAGACAACUGGGUCUUCAGCUGCAAUAUCAGGAACCACUGUACAAUCUCUUACAGUAUCAGGGACAGUUAGACCAUCAUCUGGACAAACAGAAAAAACUGGAUCAUCAGUUGAAAAAUCAGGGACAACUGAACCAUCAGCUGUAAGGUCAGGGACUACUGGACCAACAGCUGGAGUGAAACAUACAAAUGGGCCAUCAUCAGGUGGAGUGACAGGGAUAACUGGAUCAUCACCUGGAAUGACAGGGAUAACUGGAUCAUCUGCAAGAUCAGGGACAAGUAUCCCAUCUGCUGGAAAAACAGGAACAACUAGAACAUCAGUUGAAGAAUCAAGGACAACUGGACCAUCAGCUGGAAUAACAGGUACAAAUGGACUAUCAGCUGGAGUGACAGGGACAACUGGAUCAUCAGCUGGAGUGACAGGGAAAACUGGACCAUCAGCUGGCAUGACAGGGACAACUGGACUGUCAGCUGGGGUGACAAGGAUAACUGAAUUAUCAGCAGAAGUGACGGGGACAACUGGACUAUCACGUGAGGUGACAGGGAAAACUGGAUCAUCAGCAGGAGGGACAGGAACAACUGGACCAUCAGCAGAAGUGACAGGAAAAACUGGACUAUCAGCUGGAGUGAUGGGGACAACUAGUCCAUCAACUGAAGUGACAGGGCUACCUGUAGUAUCAACUGGGGUGACGGGGACAAUUGGAUCACCAGCUGGAGUGACAGGGACAACUGCAGUAUCAGCUGGAGUAACAGGGACAACUGGACUAUCAGCUGAAGUGACAGAGAUAACUGGACUAUCAGCUGGGGUGACAGGGACAACUGGACUAUCUGCUGGUGUGACAGAGACAAUUGGACUAUCAACUGGGAUGACAGGGACAAUUGGAUCCUCAGCUGGAGUGGCAGGGACAAGAAGACUAUCAGCUGAAGUGACAGGGACAACUGGACAGUCACCUGGGGUGACAGGGACAACUGGACAGUCAGUUGAAGUGACAGGGACAACUGGACAAUCUGUUGGGGUGACAGGGACAGCUAGAUCAUCAGCUGGAGUGACAGGGAUAAUUGGACUAUCAGCUGGACUGACAGGGACAAGUGGACUAUCAGCUGGGGUCACAGGGACAACUAGACAGUCAGAUGGUGUGACAGGGUCAACUGGACAGUCAGCUGAAGUGACAGGGACAACUGAACAAUCUGUUGGAGUGACAGGGACAACUAGAUCAUCAACUGGAGCGACAGGGAUAACUGGACUAUCAGCUGGAGUGACAGGGACAAGUGGACUAUCAGCUGGGGUGACAAGGAUAACUGGACUAUCAGCUGAGGUGAUGGAGACAACUGGACAGUCAGAUGAAGUGACAGGGACAACUGGACAAUCUGUUGGAGUGACAGGGACAACUAGAUCAUCAGCUGGAGUGACAGGGGCAACUGGACUAUCAGCUGAAGCGACAGGGACAACUGAACAAUCUGUUGGAGUGACAGGGACAACUAGAUCAUCAACUGGAGUGACAGGGACAACUGGACUAUCGGCUGAAGUGACAGGAACAACUGGACCAUCAGCUGAGGUUACAGGGACAACUGGACUAUCAGCUAGAGUGACAGGGACGACUGGACAAUCUGUUGGAGUGACAGGGACAACUAGAUCAUCAAUUGGAGUGACAGGGAUAACUGGACUAUCAACUGGAGUGACAGGGGCAAGUGGACUACCAGCUGGGGUGACAGGGAUAACUGGACUAUCAGCUGGGGUAACGGGGACAACUGCAGUGACAGGGACAAUUGGAUCACCAGUUGGAGUGACAGGGACAACUGGACUAUCAGCUGAAGCAACAGGGACAACCAGACCAUCAGCUGAGGUGACAGGGACAACCAGAGUAUCAGCUGGGGUGACAGAGAUAACUGGACUAUCAGCUGGGGUGACAGGGACAACUGAAUCAUUAGCUGGGGUGACAGAGAUAACUGGAUCAUCAACUGGGGUGACAGGGAAAACUGGAUUAGCUGGAGUGACAGGGACAACUACAGUAUCAGCUGGAGUAACAGGGACAACUGGACUAUCAGCUGAAACGACAGGGAUAACUGGACUAUCAGCUGGGGUGACAGAGACAACUGGACUAUCUGCUGGGGUGACAGAGACAAUUGGACUAUCAACUGGGGUAAGAGAGACAAUUGGAUCAUCAACUGGAGUGACAGGGACAACUGGACAGUCACCUGGUGUGACAGGAUCAACUGGACAGGCAUCUGAAGUGACAGGGACAACUGGACAAUCUAUUGGAGUCACAGGGACAGCUAGAUCAUCAGCUGGAGUGACAGGGAUAACUGGACUAUCAGCUGGACUGACAGGGACAAGUGGACUAUCAGCUGGGGUGACAGGGAUAACUGGACUAUCAGCUGAAGUGGCAGGGACAACUGGACUGUCAACUGGGGUAACAAUGACAACUGGACAGUCAGCUGAAGUGACAGGGACAAUAGGACAAUAUGUUGGAGUAACAGGGACAGCUAGAUCAUCAGCUGGAGUGACAGGGAUAACUGAACUAUCAGCUGGAGUGACAGGGAUAACUGGACUAUCAGCUGGAGUGACAGGGACAAGUGGACUAUCAGUGGGGGUGACAGGGAUAACUGAAUUAUCAGCAGAAGGGACAGGGACAACUGAACUGUCAUCUGAGGAGACAGGGAAAACUGGAUCAUCAGCCGGAGUGACAGGAACAACUGGACCAUCAGCAGAAGUGACAGGAGAAACUGGACUAUCAGUUGGAGUGACGGGGACAACUGGCCCAUCAGCUGAAGCGACAGGGCUACCUGUAGUAUCAGCUGGGGUGACGGGGACAAUUGGAUCACCAGCUGGAGUGACAGGGACAACUCGGCUAUCAACUGUGGUGACAGGGAUAACUGGACUAUCAACUGAGGUGACAGGGACAACUGGACUAUCUGCUGGGCUGACAGAGAAAAUUGGACUAUCAACUGGGGUGACAGGCGCAAUUGUAUCAUCAGCUGGAGUGACAGGGACAACAAGACUGUCAGCUGGAAUGACAGGGACAACUGGACAGUCAGCUGGUGUGACAGGGUCAACUGGACUAUCAGCUGGGGUGACAGGGACAACUGGACACUCAGUUGAAGUGACAGGGACAACUGGACAAUUGGUUGGCAUGACAGGGACAGCUAGAUCAUCAGCUGGAGUGACAGGGAAAACUGGACUAUCAGCUGGAGUGACAGGGACAAGUGGACUACCAGCUGUGGUGACAGGGAUAACUGGACUAUCAGCUGAGGUGACAGGGACAACUGGAUUAUCAACUGGGGUGGCAGGGACAACUAGACAGUCAGUUGGUGUGACAGGGUCAACUAGACUAUCAGCUGAGGUGACAGGGACAACUGGACAGUCAGCUGAAGUGACAGGGACAACUGGACAAUCUGUUGGAGUGACAGAGACAACUAGAUCAUCAACUGGAGUGACAGGGAUAAUUGGACUAUCAGCUAGAGUGACAGGGACAAGUGGACUAUCAGCUGUAGUGACAGGGAAAACUGGACCAUCAGCUGGGGUGGCGGGGACAACCGGACAGUCAGCUGAAGUGACAAGGACAACUGAACAAUCAGCUGCAGUGACAGGGACAAUUGGAUCACCAGUUGGAGUGACAGGGACAACUGGACUAUCAGCUGAAGCAACAGGGACAACCAGACCAUCAACUGAGGUGACAGGGACAACUGAACUAUCAGCUGGGGUGACAGGGAUAACUGGACUAUCAGCUGGAGUGACAGGGACAACUGGACCAUCAGCUGAAGAGACAAGGGCAACUGGCCCAUCAGCAGAAGUGACAAGGACAACUGGACCAUCGGCUGGAGUGACAGGGAUAACUGUACUAUCAGCAGAAGUGAUACGGACAACUGGACUAUCAACUGAGGUGACAGGGAAAACUGGAUCAUCAGCAGGAGUGACAGGAAUAACUGGACCAUCAACAGAAGUGACAGGGAAAACUGGGCUAUCAGCUGGAGUGAUGGGGACAACUGGACCAUCAGUUGAAGUGACAGGGACAACUGGAUCAUCAGCUGGAGUGACAGGGACAACUGGGCCAUCAGCUGGAGUGACAGGGACAAGUGAACUAUCAGCUGCAGUGGCAGGGACAACUGGCCCAUCAGCUAAAGCAACAGGGCUACCUGUAGUAUCAGCUGGGGUGACAGGGACAAUUGGAUCACCAGCUGGAGUGACAGGGACAACUCGGCUAUCAGCUGUGGUGACAGGGAUAACUGGACUAUCAAAUGAGGUGACAGGGACAACUGGACUCUCAGCUGGGGUGACAGGGAUAACUGAACCAUCAGCUGGAGUGACAGGGAUAACUAUAGUAUCAGCUGGAGUAACAGGGACAACUGGACUAUCUGCUGGGGUAUCAGGGAUAACUGGACUAUCAGCUGGGGUGACAGGGACAACUGAACAAUCAGCUGAAGUGUCAGGGACAACUGGACAAUCUGUUGGAGUGACAGGGACAACUAGAUCAUCAACUGGAGUGACAGGGACAAGUGGACUACCAGCUGGGGUGACAGGGACAACGGAACAGUCAGCUGAAGUGGCAGGGACAACUGGACAAUCUGUUGGAGUGACAGGGAAAACUAGAUCAUCAAUUGGAGUGACAGGGACAAGUGGACUAUCAGCUGGGGUGACAGGGAUAAUUGGACUACCAGCUGGGAUUACAGGGACAACUGGGCAGUCAGCUGAAGUGACAGGGACAACUGGACAAUCUGUUGGAGUGACAGGGGCAACUAGAUCAUCAGUUGGAGUGACAGGGACAAUUGUAUCACCAGCUGGAGUGACAGGGGCAACUGUUUCAUCUGCAAGAUUAGGGACAAGUAUACCAUUAACUGGAAAAACAGUAACAACUAGAACAUCAAUUGAAGAAUCAACGACAACUGGACCAUCAGCUGGAAUAACAGGUACAAAUGGACUAUCAGCUGAAGUGACAGGGACAAAUGAAAUACCAGCUGGGGUGACAGGAACAACUGGACAAUCAGCUGAAGUGACAGGGACAGCUGGACAAUCUGUUGGAGUGACAGGGGCAACUAGAUCAUCAGCUGGAGUGGCAGGGACAAUUGGAUCAUCAGCUGGAGUGACAGGGACAAUUGGAUCACCAGCUGGAGUGACAGGGACAACUCGGCUAUCAGCUGUGGUGACAGGGAUAACUGGACUAUCAGCUGAGGUGACAGAGAUAACUGGACUAUCAACUGGGAUGACAGGUAUAACUGGACCAUCAGCUGGAGUGACAGGGACAACUACAGUAUCAGCUGGAGUAACAGGGACAACUGGACUAUCAACUGAAGUGACAGGGAUAACUGGACUAUCAGCUGGGGUGACAGGGACAACUGGACUAUCUGCUGGGGUGAGAGAGAUGAUUGGUCUAUCAACUGGGGUGACAGGGACAAUUGGAUCAUCAACUGGAGUGGCAGAGACAACAAGACUAUCAGCUGGAGGGACAGGGACAACUGGACAGUCAGCUGAAGUGACAGGGACAACUGGACAAUCUGUUGAAGUGACAGGGACAGCUAGAUCAUCAGCUGGAGUGACAGGGAUAACUGGAUUAUCAGCUGGACUGACAGGGACAAGUGGACUAUCAGCUGGGGUGACAGGGAUAACUGGACUAUCAGCUGGGGUGACAGAGAUAACUGAACCAUCAGCUGGAGUGACAGGGACAACUACAGUAUCAGCUGGAGUAACAGGGACAACUGGACUAUCAGAUGAAGUGACAGGGAUAACUGGGCUAUCAGCUGGGAUGACAGGGACAACUGGACUAUCUGCUGGGGUGACAGAGACAAUUGGACUAUCAUCUGGGGUGACAAGGACAAUUGGAUCAUCAGCUGUAGUGGCAGGGACAACAAGACUACCAGCUGGAGUGACAGGGACAACUGGACCAUCAGCUGGUGUAAUGGGGUCAACUGGACUAUCAGUUGGGGUGACAGGGACAACUGGACAGUCAGCUGAAGUGACAGGGACAACUGGACAAUCUGUUGGAGUGAUGGGGACAACUGGACUAUCAGUUGGGGUGAUAGGGACUACCAGAUCAUUAGCUGGGGUGACAGGGACAACUGGAUCAUCUGCAAAAUCUGGGACAAGUAUACCAUCAUCUGGAAAAACAGGAACAACCAGAACAUCAGUUGAAGAAUCAAGGACAACUAGACCAUCAGCUGGAAUAACAGGUACAAAUGGACUAUCAGCUGAAGUGACAGGGUCAACUGGACCAUCAGCUGAAGUGACAGGGUCAACUGGACCAUCAGCUGGAGUGACAGGGACAACUGGACCAUCAGCUGGAGUGACAGGGACAACUGGACCAUCAGCUGGAGUGACAGGGACAACUGGACCAUCAGAUGGAGUGACAGGAAUAACUGCACUAUCAGCUGGAGUGACAGGGACAAGUGGACUAUCAGCUGGAGUGACAGGGAAAACAGGGCUAUCAGCUGGAGUAACAGGGACAACUGGGCCGUCAGCUGAAGCAGCAGGGAAAACUGGACUAUCGGCUGGAGUGACAGGGAUCACUGGACCAUUUGCUGAAGUGACAGGGACAACUGGACUAUCAGCUGGGGUGACAGGGACAACUGGUUCAUCAGCCAGGGUGACAGGGACAACUGGAUUAUCUGCAAAAUCUGGGACAAGUCUACCAUCAUCUGGAAAAACAGGGACAACCAGAACAUCAGUUGAAGAAUCAAGGACAAGUAGACCAUCAGCUGGAAUAAGUACAAAUGGACUAUCAGCUGAAGUGACAGGGUCAACUGGACCAUCAGUUGGAGUGACCGCGACAACUGGACUAUCAGCUGGAGUGACAGGGACAACUGGACCAUCAGCUGGAGUGAUGGGGACAACUGGACCAUCAGCUGGAGUGACGGGGACCACUGGACCAUCAGCUGGAGUGACGGGGACCACUGGACCAUCAGCUGGAGUGACGGGGACUACCAGAUCAUUAGCUGGGGUGACAGGGACAACUGGAUCAUCUGCAAAAUCUGGGACAAGUAUACCAUCAUCUGGAAAAACAGGAACAACCAGAACAUCAGUUGAAGAAUCAAGGACAAGUAGACCAUCAGCUGGAAUAACAGGUGCAAAUGGACUAUCAGCUGAAGUGACAGGGUCAACUGGACCAUCAGCUGGAGUGACAGGGACAACUGGACUAUCAGCUGGAAUGACGGGGACAACUGGACCAUCAGCUGGAGUGACGGGGACAACUGGACUAUCAGCUGGAGUGACGGGGACCACUGGACCAUCAGCUGGAGUGACGGGGACAACUGGACUAUCAGCUGGGGUGACAGGGACUACCAGAUCAUUAGCUGGGGUGACAGGGACAACUGGAUCAUCUGCAAAAUCUGGGACAAGUAUACUAUCAUCUGGAAAAACAGGAACAACCAGAACAUCAGUUGAAGAAUCAAGGACAAGUAGACCAUCAGCUGGAAUAACAGGUGCAAAUGGACUAUCAGCUGAAGUGACAGGGUCAACUGGACCAUCAGCUGGAGUGACAGGGACAACUGGACCAUCAGCUGGAGUGACGGGGACAACUGGACCAUCAGCUGGAGUGACGGGGACCACUGGACCAUCAGCUGGAGUGACGGGGACAACUGGGCUACCAGCUGGGGUGACAGGGACUACCAGAUCAUUAGCUGGGGUGACAGGGACUAUUGGAUCAUCUGCAAAAUCUGGGACAAGUAUACCAUCGUCUGGAAAAACAGGAACAACCAGAACAUCAGUUGAAGAAUCAAGGACAAGUAGACCAUCAGCUGGAAUAACAGGUGCAAAUGGACUAUCAGCUGAAGUGACAGGGUCAACUGGACCAUCAGCUGGAGUGACAGUGACAACUGGACUAUCAGCUGGAGUGACAGGGACAACUGGACUAUCAGCUGAAGUGACAGGGUCAACUGGACCAUCAGCUGGAGUGACAGGGACCACUGGACCAUCAGCUGGAGUGACGGGGACAACUGGAAUAUCAGCUGGGGUGACACGGACUACCAGAUCAUUAGCUGGGGUGACAGGGACAACUGGAUCAUCUGCAAAAUCUGGGACAAGUAUACUAUCAUCUGGAAAAACAGGAACAACCAGAACAUCAGUUGAAGAAUCAAGGACAACUAGACCAUCAGCUGGAAUAACAGCUACAACUGGAGUGCCUGCUGCAACUUCCCCAGGAGCUGAAGGUGAAAGCAUAGCUUCCACAUCAGUUGCCACGGGAGCCAUCCCUGGGUCAACAAUUGCACCAGGAAGUACCACUACUGGUACCACUGGGGUAACCACUGGCGCAACUCUUGCCCCUAGAAGUUCUAGCACAGGAACUUUUGGUGGUAUUUCUGGGAAAACUCUCAAACCUGGAACUUAUGUCUCAGAGGCUACAACUGCUACAGGGACUUCUGGAACAGGACUGUCAGGAGGCACCUCUAUCAUUUCUUCUGAAGUCAGUACCAGUUCAGAAGUUUCCAACACAGGUGUCACUAGCGUAGGCUCUGAGACAUCUGUUGAAACAGGAAUUCCCAACACAGCUACGACUGGGGUGGCUCCUGGCACAACCCUUGCCCCUGGCAGUUCCAGGACAGAAGCCACAACUUCCUUAGGAGGAAGUACAUCAACAAGAGGUGGAAUAGCCACAGAAACCACAGGUUCCUCAAGAGGGGUCAGGACCACUGGAUCAGAAGCUCCAGGAGGUACUUCUGGAGAAUUCUCUGGGACAACCAUUUCAUCUGGAGGCUUCCACACAGGUACCACAACUCUCACAGGAGGUAGGGGCAGUACUGGAACUGAAUCCAGAGCAGAGUCCACAACUUCCCUACAAGAAAGUGCAAAGACAAGAGGUGGAAUAGCGACAGAGGCCACAAGUUCCACAGGAGGGGUCAGAGCCACUGGAACAGAAGCCUCAGGAGGUACCUCUGGUAAAUUCUCUGGGACAACCAUUUCAUCUGGAGGUUCCCACACAGAAGCCACAACUCUCGCAGGUGGCAGGGGCAACACUGAAAGUGAAUUCAGAACAGCCACCACUGGGGUAGUUCCUGCCACAACUGUUGCCCCUGGCCGUUCCAAGACAGAGGCCACCACUUUCCUAAGAGUAAGUGGAACAACAAGUGUUGGAAGAGCCACGGGGGCCACAGCUUCCAUGGUAGGGGGUGACACCAGCCAAGCAGAACGUCCAGGAGGUACUUCUGGUGAAUUCCCAGGAACAACCAUUACAUCUGGAGAUUUCCACACAGAGACCACAGCUGUGACAGGAAGCAGGGGCAGUAUUGGAACUGAAUCCAUAGCAGAGACCACAACAUACAUUAGAGGAAGUGGGACCACAAGAAGUGGAUUAGCCACAGCUACCACUGGGGCAUUCUCUGGAAAGACUCUGGAACCUGGGAAUGACAACACAGAGGCCACAAGUUCCACAGGAGGGGUCAGGGCCACCAGAUCAGAAGCUCCAGGAGGUACCUCUGGUGAAUUCCCAGGGACAACAUUUACAUCUGGAGGUUCCCACACAGAGGCCACAACUUUCACAGGAGGCAGGGGCAGUAAAGGAACUGAAUCCAGAGCAGCCACCACCAGGGCAGCUCCUGGCACAACUCUUGCCCCUGGCAGUUCCAACACGGAGGCCACAGCUUCCCUAGGUGGAAGUGCAACGACAAGAGGUAGAAUAACCACCGCUACCACUGGGGCAUUCUCUGGAAAGACUCUGCAACCUGGGAACGACAACACAGAGGCCACAAGUUCCACAGGAGGGGUCAGGACCACUAGGUCAAAAGCUCCAGGAGGUACCUCUGGUGAAUUCCCUGGGACAACAAUUACAUCUGGAGGAUCCCACACAGCCACCACCAGGGCAGCUCCUGGCACAACUCUUGCCCCUGGCAGUUCCAACACAGAGGCCACAGCUUCCCUAGGUGGAAGUGCAACGACAAGGGGUAGAAUAACCACCGUUACCACUGGGGCAUUCUCUGGAAAGACUCUGCAACCUGGGAAUGACAACACAGAGGCCACAAGUUCCACAGGAGGGGUCAGGGUCACUGGGUCAGAAGCUCCAGGAGAGGCCACAACUCUCACAGAAGACAGGAGCAGUACCAGAAGUGAAUCCAAAACAGCCACCACUGGGGUAGUUCCUGCCACAACUGUUGCCCCUGGCCAUUCCAAGACAGAGGCCACCACUUUCCUAAGAGUAAGUGGAACAAGCAGCAUUGGAAGAGCCACAGGCACCACAGCUUCCAUAGUAGGGGGUGACACCAGCCAAGCAGAACGUCCAGGAGGUACAACUGUGGUUUCACCUCGAGUCAGCAGCAGUUCACAGAGCUCCAGACCAGGUACCUCUGUCACACCAGAGAGCUCAGCGUCUGAAAGUGAAACAGUUACUACAGAAGAAUUCUCUGGGACAACUGCUAUAUCUAGAAUGUCCCACACUGGCACCACGGCAGCCUCAGGAGGCCAAGCAACUGGGAGCCUGACCACCACCAUGGGGGUAGCUCCUGGCACAACUGUUGCACCUGGCAGUUCCAACACAGAGGCCACAACUUCUGUAGGAGAAAGAGAAACAACAAAAGCUGAAAUAAUCACAGGUGACACUGGAGAAUUAUCUGGAACAACCAUUAUGUCUGAAAGUUCCACCACAGCAGGCAUCACUGCAGCAACAGGGAAGCAAGCAGGCAUCUCAGUGGUAGGCCCUGCCACAACAGUUGCCCCUGGAAGUUUCAGCACAGCAGUGACAGCUUCUCCUGAAGCAACAGGAGUGACUGGCAUUACAAAUGCAAAGACCACAACUUUCCUAGGAGGAAGUGGCACCCCUGGAGCAGAAAUAAAAUCAGCCACCACUGGAGCACCAGGAAGUAGGACAGGCACAACUGGAGUGCUCUCUGCUACAACAGUCUCCCCUGGGAGCUCCAACUCAGAGGCCACAACUUCUAUAGGAGAAAGUGGAAAAACAGGAGCUGAAAUAAUCACAGAGGCCACUACUUCCACAGAAAAGACUGGUACUUCUGGAACUGGAUUCAAAACUGGUAUCUCAGCGGUAGCCCCUGCCACAACAGUUGCCCGUGGAAGUUUCAGCACAGCAGCCACAGCUUCUCCUGGAGGAAGUGGAAUGACUGGGGUUACAACAACUGCAAAGACCACAACUUCCCUAGGAGGAAGUGGCACCACUGGAGCAGAAAUAAAAUCAGGAACCACCACUACAGCACCAGAAAGUAGGACAGCUGGAGUGUCCUCUGGUUCAAGAGUCACCCCUGGGAGCUCCAACUCAGAGGCCACAACUUCUGUGGGAGAAAGUGGAAUAACAAGAGCUGAAAUAAUCACAGGGGGCACAACUUUCUCAGGAGGUAGCGGGGCCACCCGAGCAGGAUUACCGAGACGUACUACUGGAGAAUUGUCUGGAAUGACAAUUAUAUCUGGAAGUUUUAACACAGAGGCCACCACUUCUACAGAAGGGACAGGUACUUCUGGAACUGGAUUCAAAACUGCAGGCAUCACUUCCGCCUCAGGGAAACAAGCAGGCACCUCUGGGGUAUCUCUUGGCACAACAGUUGCCCCUGCAAGUUUCAGCACAGCCACAACUUCUCCUGGAGCAAGUGGAAUGACUGGGGUUACAACAACUGCAAAGACCACAGCUUCCCUACGAGGAAGUGGUACCACCGGAGCAGGAAUAAAAUCAGCUGCAGUUCCCUCUGGUACAACAGUUGCCCCUGGGAGCUCCAACUCAGAAGCUACAACUUCUGUAGGAGAAAAUGGAAAAACAAGUGGCGAAAUAAUCACAGGUACUACUGAGGGCACCUCUGGCAAAGUUCUGGAACCUGGAAGUGCUCACACAGAGGCCACAACUUUCCCAGGAGGCAGCGGGACCACCCGAGCAGGACCACCAGGAGGUACCACUGGAGAAUUGUCUGGAAAGACCAUUAUAUCUGGAAGUUCUAACACAGAGGCCACAACUUCCACAAAAGGGACUGGUACUUCUGGAACUGGCUUCAAAACUGGUACCUCUGGGGUGGCACCUGGCACAACAGUUGCCCCUGAAAGUUUCAGCACAUCCACAAUUUCUCCUGGAGCAAGUAGAACCACUGGGGCUGGACCUGCUGAAGAAACCACAAUUUCCCUAGGAGGAGGUGGUACCACUGGAGCAGAAAUAAAAUCAGGAGCCACCUCUGGAGCACCAGGAAGUAAGACAGGCACAGCUGGAGUGCCCUCUGUGACAACAGUUGCCCCUGGAAGCUCUAACUCAGAGGCCAUGACUGCUUUAAGAGAAAGUGGAAAAACAAGAGCUGAAAUAACCACAGGUACUACUGAGGGCAAAACUCUGGCAGCUGGAAGUACCCACGCAGAGGCCACAACUUUCUCAGGAGGCAGCGGGACCACCCGAGCAGGACCACCAGGAGGCACUUCUGGCAUAUCAGGAGGAUAUGUCCCUGGAAGGGAAACAGAGCCCACAACUUCCAUUGAAGAGACUGGUCCUUCCAGAACUGUAUUCAAAACUGUAGGCAUCACUUCAGUCCCAGGGAGGCAAGCAGGCACCUCUGUGGUGGCGCCUGGCACAACAGUUGCCCCUGGAAGUUUCAGCACAGCAGCCACAAUUUCUCCUGGAGCAAGUGGAAUGACUGGGGUUAGAACCACUUCGAAGACUACAACUUCCCUAGGUAGAAUUGGCACCACUAGAACUGAAAUAAAAUCAGGAGCCACCACUGGAGCACCAGGAAGUAAGACAGGUAUCACGGGAGAAUCUUCUAGAAUGACCAUUAUAUCUGGAAGUUCUAACACAGAGGCCACAACUUCCAUUGAAGAGACUGGUACUUCUGGAACUGGAUUCAAAACCGCAGGCAUCACUGCAGCACCAGGAAAGCAAGCAGGCACCUCUGGGGUGGCACCUGGCACAACAGUUGCUCCUGGAAGUUUCAGCACAGCAGCUACAACUUCUCCUGGAGCAAGCAGAGUGACUGGCACUGGACCCACUGCAGAGACCACAAUUUUCCUAGAAGGAAGUAGCACCACUGGAGCAGAAAUAAAAUCAGGAGCCACGACCAGAGCACCAGGAAGUAAGACAGGUACAGCUAGAGUGCCCUCUGGUACAACAGUCACCCCUGGGAGCUCCAACUCAGAGGCUACAACUUUUUCUAGAAUCACUGAAGCAGUAACAGUCUCAGGAUCCGUGACCACUGCACUGGGGAGCCAACUCUCCAGCAGUCAAACAGUGAUUCCAGGUUCCAGUGGCAUCAUCUCUCACACAACUGUUGCACCUGGAAGUUCUGUUAUAGGAAUCACCUCUGAUGCAUCAGACAAUCAAGUCACUGGAAGUAAAAUGGGCACUACUGGUGUAGCCUUGAGCACAGCUGUUGCACCUGGAAGUUCCAGUACAGAAGCCACAACUUCCCCAGGAGUCCACAGAACCACUGUAGUGGGAUGGAAGACAGGUGAGAAUUAAUGAUGUGUAGCUACCACUAGAGGGUCAGCAAACCAAGGAACUGGAAGCACAAUAGAAGCUAUGACGUCCUUUAGAGGCACUGGGACCACAGGAAGUGGAAUGAAUACAGGUACUACUGGAGUGGUCUCUGGCAACACCAUCUCACCUAGCAGUUUCAACACAGAAGCUACCAGUGGCACAUCUGAGAGGUCAAAUCCUGGAAGUGAAAUAGGCACCACUGGUAUAGUCUCUGGCACAACAGUUGCAUCUGGAAGUUCCAACACAGAAGCCACAACUUCUUUGGGCAAUGGUGGAACCACUGAGGCUGGAAGUAAAAUAGUUACCACUGGGAUAACUACUGGCACAACCAUUGUAUCUGGGAGUUCCAACACAAAGGCUACGACUUCUAGAGACAUUGGAGUUGCCACUGGAGUUGGAAUGGCAACUGGGAUCACCAACAUAAUUUCAGGGAGAAGCCAACCUACUGAAAGUAAAAUAGGCUACACUGUGAUAGGCUCUGGGACAACAGCCUUACCUGGAGGUUUCAGAACAGGCAAUACCCCAGGAUCAACAGGAGUCAGCAGCAGCCAAGAAGACACCACUGUAGUAUCAAAUGGAAUCACUGGAAUCCCAGAAACUUCCAUCGCAGGUCCUUCCAAGGAAGCAUCUGACGAAACCGCUGCUCCUGGACCUCCUACCACAGUCACUGCUUCCACAGGAGUGAAAAUAACUUCUGGAACUGGAGUGCAAACAGGCUCCACUUUGGUUCCAUCCGGAGUGCCAACAAGACCACAAGUAUCCCAGUCAGAAACCACUGUCGUGGCAACCAGAGAAGUAGAAACUGAAAAUAAAACAGAAUGUCUAGCCUCACUUCCACCAGCUCCAGUUUGUCACGGUCCACUGGGAGAAGAGAAAUCUCCUGGAGACAUAUGGACUGCCAAUUGCCACAGAUGUACCUGUACUGAUGCAAAGACUAUAGACUGUAAACCUGAGGAGUGCCCUUCUCCACCCACAUGCAAAACCGGUGAAAAGCUUGUGAAGUUCCAAUAUAAUGACACCUGCUGUGAAAUCGGAUAUUGUGAACCAAGAACGUGUUUAUUUAACAAUACUGACUAUGAGAUUGGUGCUUCAUUCGAUGACCCCAGCAACCCCUGUGUCUCCUAUUCCUGCAAAGACACUGGCUUUGCUGCAGUAGUCCAGGACUGCCCAAAGCAGACCUGGUGUGCAGAAGUAAACAGAAUCUAUGAUUCAAAAAAAUGUUGCUAUACAUGUAAGAAUAAUUGCAGAUCUUCCCUUGUGAAUGUGACUGUUAUCUACAAUGGUUGCAAGAAAAGAGUUCAGAUGGCAAAAUGCGCAGGGGAAUGUGAAAAGACUGUCAAGUACAAUUAUGAUAUCUUACUCUUGGAACAUUCAUGUCUUUGCUGCCGAGAAGAAAACUAUGAACUCAGAGACAUUGUACUUGACUGUCCUGAUGGGAGUACGAUCCCUUACCAAUACAGGCAUAUCACAACCUGCUCUUGUUUAGACAUAUGCCAAUCAUAUACGACUUACAUGUACAGUUAAUGCUGACAUCACUUUCCCAGUUUUAACAGGCCUGGUAUUUAUUUUAUAAGUGAGGAAAAAUAAUGAUUAAAAUAGUGGGAAUAACUAAACAUUUGUAUCUCACUCAAAAC